AUGGAGAAGGAGGGAGGGCUACCCAAAGCUGGAGUUGUUAAUCAACCCUUGUCUUCGGAGGAGGAGAUGAAGGAAACUUGGCGGAGAAGCGCCCUGGCCGUUUCAGAUCCUAAGGAAACUAUUCAAACAGAAUCCUAUGAGGGACCCAUCAGGGUCGCUUUGGAGGAGGUGGAAGCGAAUAAGUUGUCGAAAAUGGCUGAAGGGAAGAAGAAAAGAAAGUGCAAGGAGAAGUGGGCAGGAGAAGAUAAAGAGGCCCGACCAAAGAAGGAAAAAAAUGAGAAGAAAGAAAAGAAGUCGAGUGAGAAGAGGGAGCGCAGGCGAGAAGAGAAACGCCUGAAGAAGGAAAAAAAGAGGAAGAGGGCAGAAAGCCCGAAUGUCGACGGAGAAUCCACCACCGCAAGGGUGGAAGAGGGGGUGUCAACACAAUAA